AUGCAACGGAGAGUCCAUGGGCUCGGGAACAAGAACGUAAAGAACGUCCUUGUAAUUUGUCAUUCGUACACCCCCGGUGCACAUCGACUGCCGUUACUCGAGUACAAUGCCUCAGAUUUCGCCGUGUUCAUUUUGCAGCACUCCAUCCUUGAAUUGGAAAAUUGUCCGGUUCAGCCGCAGCAGGCAGUAGAAGCACCCCGAUAUAUCAUCAUGGACACAGGUCAGUCUCCGUCGAACAUGCUCAUCGGCGACGACCUCUGCCGCUGGCAACCUAGCACUGGCAGUACUUAUCCAUUUGUCGUAUCCACAUCCAACAAUCGGCCCAUUAUAUCUGCCUUCUCCGCUAGCAGGCGGCUUUUCAUUCGGAGCUAUGAAUAUGUGGUUUUGCCAGAAUUGGGAUUAGCAAAUUGGCAUAUUGAGCAUAUAGUUGGUACACCGGAUAACUGGAGUGAAUCAGCUCGGGCUUCCGUAGAGUGGUGGGCGGACGCAAGGACCGAGCAAUUAUUGCUCAUAGCUGGCAAGGAUGAACUCUUACUCUCGUCGAUAGAGUCGCUUGCUAUUAAGAUAAAGGUCAGCUCCGUGCGAGACUUAUAUCCCAAUAUAACAUACUUAGCUGGCAUUGAUGAUCCCCCUGUUGCACCAAUCUACGUAGCUAGCGGUGCGAAGUAA